CUAGCACUGUAUAUUUCCUAGUUCUUUUAAGGCGGCAACAAAGUUGACCGACGUAUACGCAGAUCGCGGUGUGAUAUUCGUGAGUGUUAACUGUUUUGGAAUUGAUGGUUAUUUAUAUAGUUUUAUUACAAAAAACGACUCAACAUGUUUAAUGUUCUCAUUGUUAGAUAAAACCGAAUACACGCUCGACUCGCAAAGCGACUCGUUCGAUAAAGCAUCACUUUGCUGACUUGUACUUAAACUAAGAAAUAGAGCGCCCGAACAACCGAGAUAUUAAUUCAUUUAAAAUUUAAAUAUCCAUCGUUUCCAAAAUAUCAAAAUUUACUGGCACUUGUCAAUAAACUAAAUUGUGAUAAAAAAAACCAUUAAAACAAAUGAAUCAUAAAUUGUUAUUAAAUUGUUAAUCGUUAUUUAGUAUCCAAAGUGCGGUUUUAAUUCAUUGCGUCAUCGAGUCGUUUAUAAAUUGUCCUCAUUUCACUGAAAACCAUUAAUUUAUCAGAAUGGUUUCCUUUCAUGCAGUGUUUAUUAUAAGUUGUUUUGUGUGUUCAAUUAAUUGUAUGAGUGUUGUUGAAGUCUUUGAAGAUGGCAUUGGUGAUAUUAUACCGAAACAACGACCUUACAAUCCGGAUGAAUUUUUAAAAGCUCCGGAACUAAUAAGGAGAUACGGAUUUAAAUCUGAAACUCACACAAUUCUAACGAAAGACGGUUAUUUUUUAACUCUCCAUAGAAUUCCGUGCAAUCAGAAUGGAAAAAAGGGGAAUCAACCGGUUUUUAUUCAACACGGUUUACUAUCGAGCAGUGCAGAUUUUUUAGAUCACGGAAAUAAAUCUUUAGGAUUCUUAUUAGCUGAAACUGGUUACGAUGUUUGGUUGGGAAACGCACGUGGAAACAGUUACUCAAAAUCCCAUGCUAGUCUUGACGUCAAUUCAAAUGACUUUUGGGACUUUAGUUUUCACGAAAUGGGCAUUUACGAUCUUCCGGCCGUUUUCGAAUAUAUUUCAAACGAAACCAAUCAAUCAAUUUUGCAUAUUGGACAUUCAAUGGGGACGACGAUGUUUUUUAUAUAUGCGUCAUUACACUCGGAGGAAGCAAUGAAGUUAGUAAAAGGAAUGGUCGCUUUAGCACCUGUAGCUUACAUGACGCAUUUUACGUCUCCGAUUCGUUACUUUGCACCGUUUUCCAACGAUAUUGAAUGGCUUAGAGAAUAUCUUGGAUUUAAAGAGUUUUUACCCAGAGGAAAGAUUUUACAUUUACUAUCGUACGAGUGUAAAUUGAUGAAUAUUACCGAAGAAAUUUGCGAAAAUUUUAUUUUUAUGUUGUGCGGUUUCGACCCAGUACAAUUUGAUAUGGAUUACUUGCCGACUGUUUUAAACCACGUUCCAGCUGGCUCCUCAACAAAAACCGUAAUUCAUUAUGCUCAAGAAAUCGCAAAUAAAGGAAAUUUCCAGUAUUUUGAUUACGGAAAAGAAGAAAAUAUGGUUAGAUACGGUAGUUUAACGCCUCCUUUAUACAAUUCAACGAAUAUUCAGGUCCCUGUUUACCUUAUGUACUCAGAUAAUGAUUCAAUGGCGAAUAAAAUUGAUGUACUUAAAUUGGCUUCCAACUUACCAAAUUUGGCGGGCACAUAUGAAGUACCGUUAAAAGAAUUCAAUCACGUUGAUUUUCUCUUCGCAAAGGACGUUGUUGAAUUAGUUUAUAAACCUUUAUUGAAACAAUUAAGCAAAUUUUAAUAAUUUUAUUAUAAUUUCUCAAUCAAAAUCAAAAGAUAAUGCUUUUGAUUUCGAGUUAUUUCUGUGGUAACAAAGCUUUCGUGUAAAAAUAAAAUUAUCCGAUUAAAAGUCAA